AUGACCUCAAGUAUUGGCGAUUUUUCACCUUAGCCCGACGAACAUUAUUCCAAGACAUACCACUCAACCUUAACAUCAUAUGAAACUUCGCAACAUAGCCGGCGAGGAAGGUUGUUUCUGAGAAAGUAACAUGAGGUCUACUCUUUUUCUGGCGACUAUUUUACUAGUGACUGUAUCGGAUAUCACUGCUAAAAGCAUUAAACAUCCAAAACAUCACAAGUCAGAGAGGAAGCAGCACCAUGACCAAAGCCAUCAACGACAAGCUGUGGUUCCACCUGCGCAACCGACUGCGGCUGGAGCACCAACCACUGUAGCACCAACCACUGUGCCUACUGCUGGAGCAUCAACUCCCGUAGCUCCAGGACCAGCCCCUGCUGCAGGAGUAAAGACCACCGUAGCACCUCCUGGUAGUACACCAGCAGCCGCUGGUGCAGUAGGAACAACUAAGGUACCAGCAACUACAAGUGCGACACCCGCGGCUGCCGGAGCAGCAGCAGCUCCCACUGCAAAACCAGCAACUACUAGUGUCGCACCCGCAGCUGGUGCAGCGGUAGCAACAACUGUGGCACCAGGGGAAUCCACAGCGAAGCCCGCAGCUGCCACCGGUGCACCUGCCGCUGCGGCAACCACUGUGCCACCUGCUGCAUCAACCGCAAAACCUGUAACUGCCACCGUUCCUGGCCCUGUAACAGCCACCGUGGCACCAGGUGCAUCAACUGCGAAGCCUGAAACUACACCUGUGGCUGCACCAGGAAAAGCUCCAAUUGUGGCAACACCUACCCCAGCGGCUCCCGCGGCAGGUAGUGCACCUACAACUGGACCAGCAUCAUUGCCACCCGCUGCCGCUGGAGCCAAGCCUGCGCCUGGAGCGCCAGUUACAGCUAAGCCUGCCACCGCCGUUCCAACCGGUCCACUACAAUUCGCGCCAAGCGCCUUACCCGCCAAAGAUAAAGAAACGAAGACAGAAGGAGAGUCGUCCUCAAAGGCACAUUUCAGGAAGGAAGAUAAAAUCGACGAAAGGAAUGACAAAUCUCAGGAAGAAGGUAAAGAGUCCGACAGUGAUAGCAAACAUAAAACGGAGAAGGAGGCAGAGGACAAAUCCGAAAAGGCAAUUGGGGAUAAGUCUAAAAAUAAAGUUAAAGACGAGUCUGUGAAGAAACUGAAGGACAAGUCUGAGGAUAAAAAGCAUCAUCGUUUUCACCGUCAUCAGGAUUAACAGAUGAAUUCUAUUUGGCACUGCUGGACUGGACUUUAGAAAGAAAAAACAAAGACAUUGAGUAAACGCAUAUAACUAGCGCUUUUCGGCGUUUAGCGCAAAUUUUACCUAUUUUGUUGGCAUAUUGAAAAUGUUGACAGCUCAGGGGCGUAAUAAAAUCUAGAAAAGAGCGAAUAAGAAAUAUUUAAGAGGCGAAUACGUAUAUAUUAUUAUCUAAACACACAGACUUACAGAAAGUAAGCUAUAGGUCUACCGCAAAACUGCUGUUUGCAGCACAGUUAUUACAAAUUAAUUUAUUUUGCAUAACUUGUCGUAUGUUAAUAAAAAGUAUUUUCAUGAUGAAAAAAA